CUCCACGUCGCGUAGACUCGUCACGUUUCAACUUCCUAGAUUCGAGAGAGAUGAGAGAGGGCCUUCGAUUCUACAAUGGCGAAGUACUGCUAGGGUUUAUGUUGGGUUUAUUGUACUUAUGUGAUAACUCAAUCGUUCCAAUCCGAGCUUCGAUUCAUGAGUAUCAGAACGAAUUCUUCACUCCUCAGUUGAACGCUUUCCUCUUUCAUGGCGGCAGUGAAGGCAUCUUCGCUUCCAAACUUCACCAUGAUCAAGAUAAUCAAUCUUCACUUCUUUCUCCAGGAAAUAAACCCCUCGAAGGGAAAUCCUUCAUCAGGUUUGAUAGUGUUACCUUCAAGAGGACAGAUGAAUCAGCCAAGACUCAAAAUGAAAUGCAGAGUAAAACUGGAUUAAUUGAAGCUAUUAUAUUUGAGGUCAAAGAUACAGAAAGGAUUGGAGGGAAUUUUCUAAAAAGUAAUUCUAAUGUCUUAUGUUGCAAUCCCAAGCUCGCCGCAGAUGGGUCUUGCAAUCUAGGAGAGGUUAUUAUUCAAAAAAAUGACGACAACCCUGAGUGGCCUAGACGCAUCCAGACCUUCUUUGCAGGAAAGGAUCGAGAAGCUAAAAUGUCUACUCAGUCAGUUGAGAUAAACAAAACUGGAAUGUAUUAUCUUUACUUUAUGUAUUGCGACCCACAACUCAAGGGUACAACUAUUACUGGAAGAACCGUAUGGAGGAAUCCAGAUGGUUAUUUGCCUGGGAAGAUGGUCCCUCUAAUGACCUUCUACGGAGUCAUGUCUUUGGCUUACCUUGUUCUUGGGCUUGGUUGGUUUUUAAGGUUCGUCCAGUUUUGGAAGGACAUAAUGCAGUUGCAUUACCACAUUUCGGCUGUAAUUGCUCUUGGGAUGUGUGAAAUGGCACUUUGGUAUUUUGAUUAUUCAAAUCUUAGUGCAACUGGAAGUAGGCCGGUGGGUAUUACGGUGUGGGCAGUAACCAUUACUGCUGUUAAGAAGACUCUUUCUCGCUUGCUGCUUUUGGUGGUUUCAAUGGGCUAUGGUGUGGUGAGACCUACACUCGGUGGUGUGACUUCAAAAGUGUUGAUUCUUGGUCUGGUAUACUUUGUUGCUUCUGAGGCCCUUGAGCUUGUGGAACACUUGGGAAACAUCAAUGAUUUUGCUGGAAGAACCAAGUUGUAUUUGGUGCUGCCUGUUGCAUUCUUGGAUGCCUGGUUUAUUUUAUGGAUAUUCUCAUCUUUAUCCAAGACUUUGGAGAAGCUUCAGAUGCGGAGAAGUAUUGCUAAACUGGAGGUUUAUCGAAAAUUCACAAACGCCCUUGCACUUUUUGUGCUCCUGUCUAUUGCUUGGAUUGGCUAUGAGCUAUACUUUAAUGCAACUGACCCAAUAAGUGAGCUAUGGCGUAUCUACUGGAUCAUUCCAGCUUUCUGGUCAUUAUUUGCCUUUUCCCUCUUGGUAGUGAUAUGCAUCCUUUGGGCUCCUUCUCGCAAUCCCACGAGAUAUGCAUAUGCAGGGGAUACGGGAGAUGACUACGAUGAGGAGGCGAUAUCGCUGACCACCGGAGUGAAAGUGGACGGUGGUGAAGUCGGAACGAUGAUGGAAAGGAAGGAAAAGAAAGGUUCCGCAUCAACGGACCAUCUUAUUGGGCUAACGGAAGAUCUAGCAGAAGACAAACGAGAAUGAGGUUUGAUCGAUUCUUGUAAAGUUUGUGCCAUGUAUGUAUAAAAACGUGCCUAACCCUACAAUCGUCGUUACACGUUUCAUGUUCCGACGGAGUCGGAAGUUGUGGAGUGAUGAUGGAAAGUGUACUUGCUAGUCGACUUGACUGUCUUUUAAAUGACUACACAGAAAUGAGAAAAAAUGGUCACUUGCAGACUGGUGAUGGCAGUA